AAAGGACAAGUCGUCUAGAUUUAGGAGACUCUAGUGAAUGGAACGGUAAAUAUUGGUCUCGCUGACUAAAAGGCUGAAAGCCCAAACAGGGCAUAAAAAAAAAGUUACCGCCUAAACCCAAAUCAACAAACCCAAAAAUUCCCGCCAAAUUCCCAAAGAUCCUGCCCAAAAUGAAAAACCCCAGUCAACCAAUCCUGAAUCCCCCUGUCUCUGGUAGUACAAAUCUCUCUCUCUAGCCCUUCUGUCCUCUUUCCAAAAUCCCCGACUGAACCAAACUGCAAUGAUCUCUGCAACACCAGCAAGCAACCCAAAUCCAAAUCCUAAAGCAAAAAACGUAUACCAUAUUGGAGGAAUCCAAGUGGAAUUUCCGUAUCAACCGUAUGGAACGCAGCUCGCAUUCAUGGGGAGGGUCAUUUCGACUCUCGAUAGAGCCCAAAGAGAAGGCCAUUGCCAUGCGCUCCUUGAGUCACCGACCGGAACUGGGAAAUCACUUUCGCUUCUCUGUUCCACUCUUGCGUGGCAACAGAACUAUAAGUUUAAGUACCAGCAUGCCAAUCUGACUCCGUCAAAGCCCAAUCCCGAGGCAAUGACCGAUCCUCUGGGUCAUGGUGGAGGAUUUAUUCCAGAGACACAACCUUCAAGCAUUCCACCUUCUGGAAAUGUCGACCCACCUCAAACUACCGGAGCUAAUAAAGGUCCAAAGAAAAAUGCUGCACCCACCAUUUUUUACGCAUCGAGGACACAUUCACAAAUUUCCCAAGUGAUCCGCGAAUAUCGGAAAACUGCAUAUCGGGUGCCGAUGGCAGUUUUGGCUUCAAGGAAACAUUACUGCACAAAUUCACAUGUCAAUGGGAAGGAGAAUCUCGAUGAAGAAUGCAAACUUCUCUUGAAGGAUCCAAAUGCUGGGUGCUUGCAAUUCAACAGAAAUGCAGUUAAAGUCAGAGGUCAUCCAUCGCUUCAAAGGGGAGGUUGCCAUGAGGUCCAUGAUAUUGAAGAUCUGGUUAAAAUUGGAAAAGUUGUUAAAGGUUGUUCAUAUUAUGCAGCUCGUUCAAUGGCAGAUGAUGCACAGUUAGUUUUCUGCCCAUACAGCUACUUAAUUAAUCCAGUCAUCCGUGGAGCAAUGGAUAUAAACAUUACAGGAGCCAUUCUUAUUCUUGAUGAAGCCCACAACAUAGAAGACAUUGCUCGUGAUGCUGGUAGUGUUGAUGUUGAUGAAGAUGUUUUAAUUAAAUUGCAGAUGGAAUUGCAGCAACUUUGUCUUCUUGAUGCGUCCAUUUAUGAACCAUUACAUGAUAUGGCACAGGAUUUGGUUAGUUGGAUUAAGCGGAGGAAAAGUACAUUACAGAAGCGUGAAUUUCAGAACUAUUUCUCUUGUUGGACUGGUGAUAAGGCUCUAAAGGAGCUCCAAGAGGCUAACAUUUCACAGCAGUGCUUCCCAAUCUUGCUAGAUUGUGCUACAAAGGCAAUUAAAGCUGCAACAGAUACAGAAUUGGACACAGAUCAUUUGAGUGGCAUGUCAGUAAUAGUGUUGGAAGGUUUAUUCUCUUCACUCACUUAUUUCUUCUCGAGAAAUGGCUGUCACAUAUCUGAUUAUCAGCUUGCCUUGCGACGAUAUGUGAAGAGAGACAAAAAAAAUCCUGUUGGUGACUGGACGUGUACUUUAAGUUUAUGGUGCUUGAAUCCAGCUGUUGUUUUCAGUGACAUCGCUAAGAUUUCUUUGUCAGUCAUUUUAACAUCUGGGACUCUAUCACCAAUGAAUUCCUUCUGUUCUGAGCUUGGAGUUCAUUUUGGAACUUGUCUGGAAGCACCACAUGUAAUUGAUACUGAAUCACAGGUAUGGGCUGCUGUAAUAUCCACUGGUCCUGAUAAUUAUCCACUGAAUGCAAGUUACAAAACAGCAGAUGAAUAUGCUUUCCAGGAUGCACUUGGCAAAACUUUGGAGGAAAUUUGCAUGAUUGUUCCAGCGGGCUCUCUUGUGUUCUUUCCGAGUUAUAAGCUGAUGGAGAAACUGUGCAGUCGUUGGCGUGAAACUGGCCAAUGGGCUCGACUAAAUGCGAGAAAGACCCUGUUUGUUGAGCCUAGAGGAGGAAGUCAGGAGGAAGAUUUUGACUCUGUUUUGAAGGGAUAUUAUGAUUCAAUUCAUCAACGCAGCCCACAAGCUGUUGGUAGAAAGAGGAGGACCAAAAAAGCAGACCUUAGUCACUUAAAGGCUAUGAAAUCCACAGAAACUUCUGAAAAAGAUGGAGCUGCUUUUCUGGCUGUUUGCCGGGGAAAGGUUUCAGAAGGAAUGGACUUUUCUGAUGACAAUGCUAGAGUGGUUAUAGUAGUUGGUAUUCCAUUUCCAAACAUACAUGAUAUUCAAGUUGGUCUAAAGAAGAAUUAUAAUGAUGCAUACAAAGCAUCCAAAAAUCUUCUAAGUGGCAAUGAAUGGUAUUGUCAGCAAGCCUUCCGAGCUCUGAAUCAAGCUAUAGGACGCUGUAUACGACAUAGGUUUGACUAUGGAGCCAUCGUCCUAUUAGAUGAGCGUUACAAGAAAGAGCAGAAUAAAAUAUACAUUUCAAAGUGGCUAAGGAAAUCUAUUCGCCAGUAUGAUAGCUAUGGCAUGUCAAUAGAGGGAUUAAAAUCCUUUUUCCGAGAUGCCAAGGAGAACAUUGGCAAGAAGAUGGUGGAUCUCUUGCCAAAUUCUGAUACUAAUGAGGGGAAAAACCUCUGUCCUAGGGAUCAAAUAAAGCGGUGUACGGGAAACAAAAAUCAGAAAUUGAACAAGCCUGAUCUUUGUGAAGGAAAACUAGUCUCCGUGAUAAAGUGUGAUUCCGUUUCUCCUAAACUUGGGUUCCAAGACGACAUUGGAGGACAGGAAGCCAAGCAAAUGAGUGAGGAUGUUGAAACUAGGGAAAGUAUUGACCUAGAAUGUGAUUUUCAGAAAGAAUCAAGUUCAAGGUGUUCUGAGACAUCGUCCCAGGAAGAUCCAGAAGUAACUUUCGUCAAGGAAACCCUCAGUACGGGCUGCAACGAAACCACAACUACAACAGCUUCUUUCUCCAUGGAUAAGAGCCCUAAUUUAAACUUGAGUCCGCCAUCUGCUGAGUUUAUAGAUCAAGUCUCAUUCCAUUCAGCAUGUCUAACAAAUGCAAGUAGAGCUUCUGACAGAGCUCAGUGUUCGGGGGUAGCGACUCCCAGAAAAGACUCGACUGCUAAUAACUGCAGCCUGAUACCUGAAGCAGAGUCGACUCUAAAUUUGAGUGUUAAUUCUCAUACCCAGAAAAAAAGGAAGUCCGUGGGCUCGCCAUUAAUUGAUGUUAAAAAGCAAAAUGAUUCUCCCAAUGCUCAAACUUCUGGCUGUGUUGGUUUCAUAGAAAACACAAUUGCCAUUAAAGAUGCAAGUCGGAGGAUUGAAUUUGAUUUUGCAACUAACAGUGCACAAUCCCUGUCCAUUAGGUUAAAGAAGCCUCAGAUUCUCCCUUUAGAUAAUUCUGCUCCACCAUCUUCUGAUCCUGUCAUGGACAAGAAAUUAAGAAUUUCUUGUUCGCUCUGCAAGAGCCCUUUGGGUCGUCCUGAAAAUCAGUUAUAUGUUAGGUGCUCGUUGACUUCAUCAUCAAAAGUUCACUUAAGGUCUCUUGUGAAAGAAAGAUUGGAACGUUGCACUGAGAAUACAUCUACAUGCAUACCUGUCCUUAUGACUGAUAUUACAUCUGUAGAUCAGCGUCUCUGCAAUAGUAAUCUUGAAGAUAAGCCAGGUCGAGGAGUUUGGUGCGAGGAAGAUGGGUGUGUUUUCAGUUCUAUCUUGUGCCCUUUCUGCAGUACCUUUAACUGUCUUGGAGUCCAAAUCAUGGCAGCUGAUGCCUCCAACGUUCAAUUACUUAACAAGAUAUUGUUUUAUUUUGAUCAUCUGGAAAUUCAGGAUCUUGAAGGAUCAGUGGACAAGGGGCAAAAGGUUUUGCAAAACCAUAGCCCAAGCAUGGACAAAAUUGCUGCCUUUAACUCCAUUGAUAGAUUCUCAUAUAGCCCACAGCAGAACUCCGGAGGCUGGAGGACUACAAGGCCAAAGCUGAGACUACCAAAGAGCGGCCAGGUAUCGGAUGGACAAAGUCAAUAUUGAUGCAGAACAACCACCUUUUUGUGCAUUGCAAGCAAGUAGCUGAGAUGGAUAUUAACCUGCAUUUUCUUUUUAACAUAGAAUGCAAUUACCUUGGAUUAGGUCUGUCUUCUCUUGCAAGUUUAUGGGAGGUUCAAAUGCAUCAUUGUGAAUUAAACAGAGUAAUUAUGUUCUACAAUUAUUUGAUUCAAUUCACCACACUGCUGUUUAUAAAACGAGAGAUCAAUAUCCAUAGUAUUCGACAGGAUUGACAGGAUAGGUCAAUUUUUUAGCAUUUUGUAUGUAUUAGAGAUGUUUAACUUUAUGCAGAAAUUUUUUACUUGUAAUCA